AUGGCGACCCCGCCGCCCUCACAAGUGCGCCAGAGCUACCACCCUGAGUGCACGGCCGCCAUUAACAACCAGGUACACCUGGAGCUCUACGCCUCCUACGUGUACACGUCCAUGGCAUGUUAUUUCGAUAAGAUGUCCUCCAAGCACUUGGUGGAGUUCUUCCUGCAGCAGUCGAGCAAGGAGAAAGAGCACGCCGAGAGGCUGAUACAGCUGCAGAACCAACGCGGCGGCGGCACUUUUGCACGUAACAUCAGCAGGCCUGACCGUAACUGCUGGGGGAACAGCCUGAAGGCCCUGGAGUGUGCCUUGCACCUAUCGAUGACGGUGAAUCAAAGCCUAAUCGAUCUGCACAAGUUGGCCACCGAGAAGAAGGACGCCCACCUGUGCGAUAACCUGGAGAGUCACUACCUGCAGGGGCAGGAGAACUUCAUCAAGGAGUUGGGGGGCUAUAUCACCAACCUGCGCAAGAUGGGAGCCCCAGAAUCCGGCCUGGCAGAGUACCUCUUUGGCAAGCUUACCCUGGGCAACAGUAAGAACUGA